UCAGCAUGGCAAUUUCCCAGCACCUCCAAAAUGUGCCUGUGAACAAAGAUGGCAGCAUGCAAGCCAUGUGCUUCUGAGAUCUAUCAUUGAGAUGAAUGCUAAUACUAAUGGAUAGCUGCAUUCAGACGUAGCAGCGGCUUGGCUUGGAUUCAGUACCUCCCCUAUGUGCUGCCUUACUCCAUCAUCACAUCCAUGAACGUGAGGGGUGUAGCUGAGGAGCACUUCUUUAAAACCCGACACUUCGCUGGAGUUGCUUCCCUGCGCGUCUGAGAGUCGGAGGGAGGGGAGAAGCAUUCCCCAAAAUCUCUUCUAACGAUGGAGACCCGUCUGGUUGUAUUCCCUGGCGCUCACUUUACUCUUUCUACCUGGCUAAUUCUUUCCUCCUGGUAUGUUUUUCCAAAUGUAAAGGCAGAUAUAAGUUGCGCGCCAUGUAUGUCGCCAAUGCAAGUGAAUUACGCAGGGGAUGAGCAUCUGCGUGACCCGCCUGAUUCUGGGAAAUAUCCGAGACAGGAUCAAAAGAAACCCAAGCUGAUCACAGUUCUUUACCCGAAUAUUGGAGUACCCACUGGACGAGAGGUGGAUGGUUUUCCAGGGAUCGCGCCGAAACUGGAAAGAAACGCAGAGGAGAUAAACUCCCGCGCGCCUUUGGGGAACUUCACCGAGUCCGCUUUAGACGAAGAAUUGUUUUCGGAUGAGUAUGUGAAAAGGGAAUCCGAAUUGGAACCCGAGGACGCCGCAUUAGGGAGAGUUCAAAGAAGCGUGCCCGAGUUUCUGGGGAGCGCUGAUACCCGCUCGGAGGAGCAGAGAAAGACCUCGGGUCUGCGGGUCGACGGACAGAGUAAACGCGCCGAAGUUCGCUGGAACAGGGAUGAUGAGCACGAUUCCAGACCAGACGAACCCAAACUGACCAGCAGCACUUUUGCUCUGGCUGGAGACUCCGCGCACAACCACGCAGUCGUGUACUGGACUGGAAAAAACAGCAGUGUGAUUCUGAUUCUCACCAAGCUGUAUGACUUUCACCUUGGCAGUGUAACGGAAAGCACUUUAUGGAGAUCAACAGAUUAUGGCAGCACUUAUGAGAGGCUGAAUGAUAAAGUGGGAGUCAAGACCGUUUUGAGUUACCUCUAUGUCUGCCCCACCAACAAGAGAAAGAUAAUGGUGUUGACAGACCCAGAGUUUGAAAGCAGUAUUCUCAUCAGCUCGGAUGAAGGUGCCAGUUAUCAGAAGUACCGCUUAAACUUCUUUGUCUUAAGUCUUCUUUUCCAUCACACUCAAGAGGACUGGGCAUUAGCCUACAGCCACGAUCAGAAGCUGUAUAGUUCAUUUGACUUUGGCCGAAAGUGGCAGCUGGUUCACGAGCGAGUGACUCCGAAUCGCUUCUACUGGUCAGUAACCGGUCUGGACAAGGAGUUAGAUCUGGUGCACAUGGAGGCCCACACUCCUGAUGGCCAUUGUCAGUAUGUGACAUGCAGAGCUCAAGCCUGCUCUGAAUCCAGUAGGACAUAUCCAUUUUCUGGCUAUAUUGAGACCAACUCACUUGUGGUUCAAGAUGAAUAUGUGUUUGUUCAGGUGACGACUACUGGCAGAGCGAGCUACUAUGUGUCCUAUCAAAGAGAACCUUUUGUACGCAUUAAAAUCCCCAAAUACUCCCUGCCCAAGGACAUGCAUAUUGUGAGCACAGAUCAAGGUCAGGUUUUCACCGCCGUCCAGGAGUGGAACCAGAACGAUACCUACAACCUGUACAUAUCUGACACGCGUGGCAUAUACUUCACCUUGGCCCUGGAGAACGUCAGGACCAGCCGUGGGCUCGGAGGCAACAGCAUGAUCGACCUUUACGAGGUAUCAGGGAUUGAAGGUAUGCUCAUCGCUAAUAGGAAGGUGGAGAACCAGGUGAAGACGUACAUUACUUACAACAAGGGCCAAGACUGGAGGCUUUUGCAGGCGCCCGCUACUGACUUGGCAGGAAAUCCCAUUCAUUGUGUGCUGCCGUUUUGCUCGCUGCACCUACAACUACAGAUGUCAGAGAACCCGUACCUCUCAGGCUCCAUCUCCACCAAGAGCUCGGCGCCGGGAGUCAUCGUGGCUACAGGAAAUAUUGGCUCUGAGCUGUCUUACAAUAAUGUGGCGAUGUUCAUUUCAUCAGAUGCAGGAAAUAACUGGAGACAGAUUUUUGAGGAAGAGCACAACGUGUGGUUUUUGGACAAAGGUGGAGCUUUGGUUGCCGUGAAGCAGCCCACUGUGCCUACUAGACAUCUUUGGAUCAGCUUUGAUGAAGGUCGUCAGUGGACACGUCACAGUUUCUCAGCCUUGCCGCUGUUCGUGGACGGUGUUCUAGUGGAGGCAGGUGCAGAAAAUCAGAUCAUGACGUUUUUUGGACACUUCAGUCAUCGUUCUGAAUGGCAGCUUAUCAAAAUUGACUACAAGUCCAUAUUCACCAGAAGGUGCACAGAGGGAGACUACCAAACCUGGCACCUGCAUAACCAGGGUGAGCCAUGCAUAAUGGGUCAAAAGCAGAUCUACAUGAAGCGUUGUCCUGGAAACUACUGCAUGGUUGGAUGGGACAACUCCAGGAUCCUGUCUGCAGAACCCUGCAUUUGCAGAGCACACGACUUUGAAUGUGAUUAUGGUUUUGAUAGAAGAGGGGAUGGAAACUGUUUGCCUGCAUUUUGGUUCAACCCUUCCACAUUGUCUCGAAGCUGCAGCCAAGGGCAAAACUACCUCAACAGCACAGGGUAA